AUGGUUGCCCUCAAUCUAACUUCCCUUGGACGUACGUCCGGUAAAAAAAUUAUCUCUUUUGAAGAUCCCUCUCCUCCUGGUCUACCUCAUAAACCAACUCAUUUCCCUCAGACACCAUAUCUGCAAUCCAAGCUUGACGAUAACUCAUCAAUUAAGAGAGAUCCAUUCGCACGAAACGACGUUUUACAACAUUCCUCGAUUUAUAAUACUUUCACUACUAAUUCUCCUACCCUUAAUAAUAACACCAAGAACGAGCAACGAGAUAUCAACUAUACUGGAGGCGGUCAUAGACAUAAGAGAAACGAAUCGGACUUCUCGUUAGAUCGACAAGUAGUAGAUAUCGUAGCGGAUUACGUCAAACCUGAAUCUGACAAAGAACUCUCCUCUUCUCAUACUACUACUAGGAAACCUCAAUAUAGGGAACAUAAGAAUUCCGAUUUCUUAUCUGCAAGUGCACCAUUAUCGCCCGUUCUGUCUGAAAGACCUACGCCAAGUAGAGCAUCGUCAUUCAACGAUCAAUCUUCAGCUCCACCUUCACCCCUCAUUGCUCCGUCGAUUUUAUCGCAAGGAUCCACUUCUACAAAUUUACAUCAAUCCAAACCUACCAAUAUGAGAGGGAGCAAUAUCCGUAGAGGAGGAAGUAAAACUUCUACCAAGACUUCUGUACCUCAUGGACCGGGCAUGUUGGAGAAAAUGGAAGAGCUAGAUGAGCUGAAAGGCUUAAGAAACGAUUCAAUGCCCCAUAUCUUAUCAAGCUUCGACAGGACGUUCAACCAAUCUGUCACGAGUGUCGGAUCGAGGACUAAAGCAGACAAAAUGCUAGGCAUAGACUCGAAUGCUAAGUUGGCUUCUUUGUAUUUGGUUUCGGGAUUAGCAAAAUCCACCGCUCAAUGGUCUUUUGCCGAUUCCGAUUCUUCACGCGGUGUACAACCACUCGAGGACUCCAUGGGCCUCUUCUGGCGUCCUGAGAUGUUGGGUAGUUCCUUCAGUGGAGAGAAGACCGAGGAAUCCUCUCGAGCAAGGAAAGAUUCUAAAUCGAGUACUUUCACCAAUGGGCUGUCCAAAGAUAUCAGAGGGAAAUACGUUCCAGAUGCUGGACCUGAUGGUGCUCAAAGACUCGUAUCUAAGAGUAUCAAAUUCGCUCAUCCCCGAGAUGUCGAGGUCGUCAAUUCGACUUUGUCACCUCCCACUACCUGUCACGCAUUCACAUUCACGAUCCCUCGACACGAUACUCUCGCUGCGAUCGCUCGAACCCGAUUGGACAGUGCAUUAUCCGGCGCUCCAAACACGCUCUCGAUGUUAUCCGCAAUUGACGAACAAGGUAAUUUGGAUCCAUCAUUGCAUCUACAAGCGAGGGGUAAUCCGAACGUACGAAAUUCCAAUUCCGCAUCAGCUACUGAACUUACUUUUCACGGAGUGACAUUGACUGUAUGGACUCAUGCCGAUCGAGAUAGGGCGGUCCAAUUGAAAACUAUUAAGAUGCGUGCUGAGCGCGCCAAGUUAGGUCAAGGUUCACUCAACUCUGUCAAUCCAUUGGCUCAACAACAGCGAAAGGGCUCGACUGCUCCUAGUGAAGGUAAGAAGGGAGGAACCAAACGGGGUUCAUUACAAUAUAUGAUGGGCAGAAAUCAAUCUGAAGGCGAUAUCACUGGUACGAGUGAGACCGAAACGGGCAUGAGUGAUUCGGAUCUUGAAGGACCAUUAGGUCGAAGAGCGAUGAUCAGAAAUACGAUGAAUAGCGAUAGACUGUCAACUGUUGAUAGUGUACCUGAGGAUGUGGCUGCUGCGUACGACGAAGCGAGCGAUAUAUUCUGGAUGCCUUAUGCUAUUACACUUGUCUCUCGAUUCCCCAUAUAUGACUUCUUACAAGACUAUCUCCGAUUAAGUUGGGCAAGGUUCUCCAAGAAUGCUAAGAUCCAUAUGACCCAGAUCAACAGAUUGUUAAAUUAUGAUCCUCCAAGACCAGGAGAGGCAUUUAAACUGCCUGUAGGAGAGAAGUCAGAAGAUGAAGUGGUAGUCGAAGGACAUAUGCCAGGCGGUCUGAUGGACUUCGACAAAGGUUUGAUGAAAGUGGAUUUCCAACUUUGGCCUUUGUUCCAAGCUGUCGAAUUGGAUCAUAUCAUCACUGCUGCCGAGGUCGCUUUGUCAAACUCUGGAAGAAUCAUCUUUUGCUCGAAACAUCCCGCGAUGAUCAAUGUAGCUGUCAGUACGCUCAAGUAUAUUGUCGAAUUGAGGGGAUGGGAUGAUAUCACCAUGCCGAUGAUACAUGCUCGUGAUACGACGUUCGUCAUUGAAGAUCCUGGACCUUAUAUUAUCGGUAUGCCAACCGAAUCUGACGAAUUUAGUUCUCUAUCUUGUAAAUCGCCACCGUUUGGAGUCAUCACCCCUCGACCCAAACGAGAGAAGAUCAAACAAAAACUUUUAUCGGCUUUGGGUCAUUCUUACCCUAUGGACCGAAGUAUCCCCAUGGAAUUCAAGGUGUCUUACCCUAAAGGCAAUUUCCGCAAUUUCAAUCGAUUCACAUACAAGGGCGAGAGACCUCAUUAUCUCGGAGAAAGGUUGAAAGCGCCCAGCUGGUGGAGACAUGAAGCUAUCAUUUCCGUGUUCGAUAAGAUCCUGGCUGAUAAGCACAAAAAGCCUACGUUAAUUCAGAGAUUGAUGAAAUCCGGUAUGGCCAGAUCACAAGCUCAAUUAUCGGUUGGCGAACAGCUUGCUAAAGCCAUGAUGAGAAGAAGAGCCUUACACUACGUUGAGACAAGGGACGACCUCGAGCUCAAAGUUGCUAAGAUUAACAAGCGAUUACUCAAAUUGAUUCAGGAAGGUGAUCAUUGGAAGAAACAAUUUGAGAUGUUCGAGAAGUACGCGGAUCGCCUGACGAUCGAAGCUAAUGAGCUGAAAACUAAGAUCGAAAGGGAAAGGAGGGAAGCCAAGAGAUUAUCUAAUCUGGCGAAUGAACAGACCAAGCAGAAUGUCGAGCUGGAAGAAAAGUUGAAAAAUACCGAAGAUGCUAGAGCGGAGGCCAUGAGACAAUUAUCAGAUAUGCAUCAAUCUAUUCAAGAAUUAGAGAGAGAAAGGGAGGAAAUUAUGAAUUGUCUCGAAGCCCAGAUCAACGGCGCCUUAGCUGGUCUACCCAGCUCUCUAAACCCAUUGGGUGGUGCAGGAUCCGAUACUUCCUCUCGACCCGGUACGCCCAAUACCAAUGUCAACGAAGCGUCAUCGAUCCGAUCAUUCUCGAAAGGUUCGACUAGAUCCAGACCUGCUACCGCCAAUUCGAUGCUCUCCACUCAAUCGAAACCCAUGAGUGUACUAGGUCAAGUGAAGGGUAUUGGGAAUGACAGUAAAUUGAAUAAAAGGGCUUCGGUAGUAACGGGUGCGACGGUUGAGACUGAGACUGAACGUGGAUUAGGCUUCGGAUUGCCAACUGGAAGCUUGAGUGGGAAUGAUCUGAUCGCUCACAGGGUAGCCAGUAUACAAGCUAAGCUCGAACUCGCCUUGAACGUAGUUUCAUCCCAACGUUCAUCAAGCGUCAUGACUUCCUCGUCCGUUCCGACGGAUAGCGAAGUAGAUUUUGAAUCGGGUAACGAAACGGAUACAGAGGGUAACAUAACUAUCACCGGAACUAGGAAAUAUCAAUUUAAAGAUACGGAGGAGGAAGAGGAAGAUGCAGAGAUACCGGAUAAAGAUAAUAACAAAACUCCUACAGCGUCUAGAAGACCUUCAAAUGCUGAUCUGCCCAUUGCUACCACUACAACCAAAGAUAAAGAGGUCGUUCCGCCCCUGCCAGCACCGUCAAAUAGGAAAUCAGGUGGCAGUGAAGAAUUCUUAUCUGCCGAUGAAUCUUUUCCAAACUCAGCCCCUGCCAAGGACAUAAAACCCAGAUCACCCGUUGUAGGUAGAACCAAAAAUACCUCCUCGUCAGCUCCUGCACCUACACCGAUAAUCAUGAAACCUAAAUCACGAACUCCCGCCAAGAACUCACCCAAGAAAAAAGUCAACGGGACCAGGAACUUCACUCCGCCUUCACCUGCUGCAGACGAUAGUGAUGCAUCUGACAUCACAGCUCAUCCCCAGACUCAGAAGAAAGUGCUUAACGGCAAGAAAGGGUGCAACUACGAUGAUGAGGAAGAAGCGUUCGAUAAAGAUGGCAAGAGGUUAUCGGCUAUGUCAAGUACGACUAUCGCUUUUGGACAGGCUGUUUGA